CACAAUUUAAAGUCACUUGGUCAAACACUCAAACCUCAUAUUAUGCUCUCAAAAUACAGCUUUCAAGUACUUUUCUCAGUAUUUAUGAAAUGAUACAUCAUGGUUUUCGGCAGUGUGGUCUUAAAUGUUUGUAACCUCAUUUUAAAAGGGAAAUACUGCCAUCUGGUGUGACUAAAGAGAACACAAAGAAACUUUAGUACAUAGUUGUUCUCAGGUGGUGUCAAGAUGAUUCAAGAUUUUUAUUCGUCACAUACACGAUAAUAUAGAGCAUAUAUAACCAGCAGUGAAAUGUGAGUAAAGUAGUGAAAUGUCACUUCAGCUGCAAAACUAUUUACAGUUGUAAUAAUAUUUAUUUAGGUUUUUUUUUUUUUUUUUUUUUUUUUUUUAAAUCAGCCGGUCAUCUCACAGACCUCUUAGAAUCCUUCAUGGACCACCAGUAGUUGGCAGACUCCAGUUUGAGAACCAAAAGUUAUUUUUGUUGUUUUCAUUUUUAUAAUUUCUAUAAUGUGUAUGUCCAUUGUCCAUCUAUUCCGUAAUUACCUUUUUUUGUCCAUUUAUGUCCUUGUCAUGGUGCUUAUGGGAACUCGUAUUAUUUUCAUGCCUCCUCCUCUCUCAUCCUGUCAUUGCUUUUUUUUCUUUUUUCAUAAAGGAGCCUCAUGUCUCCAGGAUCUCGAAGCAUGUGAACGUGCAAAUCCCCACACGUCGCUCCACCACCUCCCUGCAUGUUUUACCCCCUCCUUCCCACAAUCCUCCUGUGUUCCCUCAUGAACUGCAACCCCAAUACCUUCACCCAAGCCACCGCCCCGCCCCUCCAUCACACCCCCACCAGCAGACACUGAGGCCCUCUCAUGGACAAACAGGAGAUUGCCAAAAGGCCAACAAGUUUCUGGCUGUGCUUGACCGGGGUGAAACGUUCUCCCGUGAAAACUACCACAACGUCGCACUGAACUACGGCACCCUUCCACGAGCCCUCCGUAGGUCAGUUUCAUCUGGGCCUCCUGUGCACCAAAUGAGGCCGGGACCCCCAGCGGGCCCUGGGCCCCAGAACUACCCAGACGCAGUCUACGCCACUCUGUCCCAUCCUCACCGCACUGCAGCAUCAUAUAGGCCAAUGGAUGGUUUUUACAGACAGCCCCACCAGAAAUCUGCUUCAACCACCCUGAUCCCGCAUCACUCCAGCCAUCAUCACCCACACCUAGAGCCACCGACCCAGCCCCUCCGCCUCGAUGUGCCCCCCGAGAGGGACUGGAGGGCUGCUAGGGACUCUCAUGUCUUCCCCAGGACAGAACCACGUGGUGGGACAUCCCGUGGCCCUCCUGUUUAUAUCUGUGGAUUGUGCAAGCAGAACCCAGCUGAGCCCACUAGAAGCUACUGCCAGACCUGCAGAGCCCAUAUGAACCACUACAGGAAGACCAGCUGAGUCAAACAGGAAAUGCAUCCUUCAAUGCACUCAUUCUCAGAUUUGGAAGUAAA